CGGUGUUUCAUUGGUCCGUAAUAAGCGAACGAGCUAUCGUACAAAAUCGCGAUUAACGAGUGCAAUUUUCCCAUCACUGAUUCAUUAAAGCCAAAGCUUGUUCUUCUCUUUCAGAUUGUCACGCAAUUUGACAAUAAAUUGAAUUGAGUAAAAAGCCGCGAAAUUUGAAUUUCGUUUAAAGAAUUUAAAAAAUAUAAUUUUUUAAAUUAAGGCAGAUUGUUUGGAAAAUUUGAUUGAGAUGCCUCUAAUUGGGUUGAGAGAUCAGGUGUGAAAUGGUUUAAAUUGUUUUAUAAGGGAAACAAUAUCUCUGGAACUUGGAGACAUUUAAGUGGUAGAAGAAGGAAUUCCCGUGGCGCAAUGUGCUCGCGAAACGAGUAAGCAUGAGUUAAGUUUCCCGGAGCGCACGAUCCUCGCGUUGUUACAUACUACAUAGACUGUUUUUACAUUUGUCCUUCGAGAACUUCGAGGUUGACGAAGGCACGAUGGUACUACAUACUGUAAAUCAAAAUGGCCUCCUCUCUUUUGAAAAUCCGAAUUACCACCUGGAUCCAGCUCGUCUGGAUGACGCUCUAAAUAGCAACGAUAAUGGCAGUACGUUGUACGAAGAGCUUUAUCAAGGACUCGUUACAAGUGGUGGUAGGGGAGGUGAAGUAAUGGGUGGUGGAGGGGGUAUCACAAGAGCGCAAGCGCGGAGGACUUAUGCCGCUUUAGAUCUUGGUAGCAUGGGGGUCGAUGUGACCCAAGGCCCACUCACCAAAAAUUCUGUCAAUGACUGUGCUCCUGUUAAAACGGACAAUCACAUUUUGGGCUUCUGCGAGAAAGGAAGUAUCGAUACUAUAGACAUGGGUGGAACACCCCACGUGGAAGGUGGAUUGAAUGAGUUGCACAAUGUUCCUGUGAAAAGGCGACAGCCCAAGGAGCAGAAAAAUGCAAUUUUGCAGAACAAUGUGACGGAAAAGCCACCUGCAGCCAUCGACGGUGACAUCAUCGAGUCCAAGGACAAGGACGAAAAUCUCCCACCAGGAUGGGAAAAACACGAGGACCACGAAGGUCCCUACUACUGGCACAUCAAAAGCGGAACUAUCCAAAGAGAGCCACCAGAAGCACAGAUUAUUUCAAAAACAGAAAAUCGACGAUCUCUUGUCAAGAGCAAUGAUAGUGUGAAUAAUUUUCACGCAAUCGGCGGUAUGACAAAUACAGUAACACGUAGUAACACAAGUGCAGCUUUAAGCCAGGAACUCAAGAACAAGAGGAAAGAAGAACUAGCACUUAAAAGGAGAAGUUACCCAGCUAGAGCAGAUUCUGAAGGUAGAGACAAACGAAUCAGAUUUGCAGUCCGGUCCUUUGGUUGGGUGGAAGUUGCAGAAGAAGAUGUGACUGAAGAAAGAAGUAGAAAAACUGUUAAUAAAUGUAUCGUAGAUCUGACCCUAGGUAGGAAUGACCUUCUCGACGUUGUUGGUCGAUGGGGUGACGGUAAGGACCUUUUCAUGGACCUAGGCGAAGGUGCUCUUAAACUCAUAGAUCCCGAAAAUCUCACAGUCCUCAACACACAGCCAUUCAGCACACUCAAAGUUUGGGGAGUAGGACGUGACCAGGGAAACGAGAGGGACUUUGCAUACGUAGCGAGAGACAAAUCGACCCGGAAAUACAUGUGCCAUGUGUUUCGAUGUGAUAUCCCGCCGCUAACUAUCGCCAAUACACUGCGUGAUGCUUGCAAAAAGGUCUUGAUUGAACGGGAGCUUCAUCAAAAUCCAGCCAGACCUUUGGAUAUCAAUGGUAGAACAAAUUUGGCCGCGAGACCAACGAAUCUUCCCACAGAGCAUCGACGCUUCCAUAGAAAUGGACAGGCUCUUGUCACGCAAUCGUUUCCAACACCAAUGGAGGAACCUAAGAAAGUGCUACGGGCGCAAUAUCUUGGAUCGAUGCAGGUCACACAGGCCACUGGCAUGGAAGUGUUAAAUAACGCGAUAGACCACACCGUUACUAAUACUCCCUUGAGCCAGUGGCGAAAUGUCAAUGUGGCUGUUGCGCCGAGUAUGAUAUCUAUAUUAACGCCAAAUGAUGACAAGCUGAUCACAGAAUGUCGAGUUCGCUACUUGUCCUUCCUGGGAAUUGGACAAAACGUGAAACAAUGUGCUUUUAUUAUGCACACAGCUCAGGACACUUUCAUCGCGCAUAUCUUUAACUGCGAGCCAAGCAGUGGAGCUCUCUGCAAAACAAUCGAAGCUGCUUGCAAGUUGAGGUAUCAGAAGUGUCUCGAUGCCCACCCCCAAGGUUUCCGGAACGCCAGAAGCCUGAACACCCCUAACGGUCGAGGAUUGGGCGCCACUCUGAAGUCCCUCGUCGGCUCGCUCACUGGUCGAAAAAACAAACAGAGUGAAUCCUGAGACGAAGCUCUCUCGCUACAGGAACUCUGGCCGCUGCCUGAGCGAGAGAUCAUCAAACACACACACUUGCAGUCGCCUCUGACCCUGUUGUACUUUGGUGACUCCCCUCCGAGCGACUCGCUCAGAUCGCUGCUCUCACCUUCUCUCGACACCAAACGCAAACAGUUUGCACGCUGGGAAAGCAACCCCUAAAAUCUCCAAUGGAAGAGGAACUAAGGACUAGGAGAACGAUUCGGACCGAGUCGAGCGUUUCAAAAAACACUCGUGUAUCUCAGCUCUAGUGAACUACGCUUACGUGUGUUGGUAUGAUGUUGUAUGUUAUCGCAGUGUCUUGAUUAAUUGAUCGAGAAUCCUCGAGAAAAGCGAGCGGUUCCUUCCUCUAAGAGUCUAGGACAGGGCUCACCAUUUUCCACAGGUUUUGACUGACAUGAAAAGUAACUGACUGACAGAAAGCUUUUAUGUCAUUUUUUUUCUUCAAUUUCCAGAAAUCCUAUAAACUGUACAAAGGGUUAGCCUCUAUAUGGUCAGUCAGUACACAGAUGGAAGUAAAGGACUAGAGUUGAGUUCGAUAAAGGUUUUGUUGGGAUCUAUUUGACCUAGUCUUUGUGACUGAAACUGUAAGUCAUAUCAUUCAAUAACUGCCGUAGGGGUGAGCCCUGUUCUGCGACCUAGAUUUAUCUAAAAGGCUCGAUCACUCGAAAAAAGAUAGAGGUUUCCUUUUUGGGGAAUUCUAUGCCAAACUCACAAAAAUUAAAUAUAAAUAUCAACAUUUUUUUAAUUUGCACAAAUGAUUACCUGUAGAACAUUAAAUUUAACUAACCAACAUUUUGGACUCAAUUUCACAAUUAAAUUUUAUUGAACUAAAAUUAUAUUGUUUCAAAAGAAUUCGUGUUUAUGCGGCAGAUUGAUGGGUAUUGGAUUAAAUGCGGUAGAAUUUAAAUUAAAUCAACAGAAUUUGACCUAGUCCAACCGGAGUAAUUCAAACUGAAUGAGACUAAAAUAAAUUCAACUGAAUAAAAGAGAAUUCAAGUUAAUCCAAAUAAAUUGUGAGUGAAUUAAACUCACAAUUUAACUGAGAGCUGAAUUACAAUUAACGACGGUUGAUCAUUUACCGAAUUGAUUCAGUAUUUGUUCACUUAAGUUGGAACUAAAUGUUUUAUUCACGUCGAAAUAGUUAUCGCAUUGAAUUCGCACAUUUUUAUGUUAAAGCGAUAAUAAAUGCGAUAGUUUUUUAGGAAUAAAUUUGGAUACAAUAAUAUUUUACAAUUAAAUUUCUCUUUUCACAGGUAUUAACUGUGCAAGUUUUAAAAAAUCCCUGAAACUAAUAUUUGAUUUUAAUGAGUUUGACGUGGAGUUCCCCUCGCCCUACGCAGAAUGAAUCUCGAAAGGUAUUGUGUGUACAU